UCAAACAACCUUGCAGUGUUUCUCACGCAAUCGUCCUUGACUCAACUCUCAGAGGGCUGGUACAAUUUGUUCGUCAUCAGUACGCAUAGAUUAUAACAAAGACAACAUCAGUGAUGUUACAUCUUUGUUACAUCACUGAUGUUGUGAUCAGUGUUAUCUAAAUUCCUAGUCCCUGUCUCUCUGCAAGAGUUCAAUUAUAGCAAUGCUAAAUGGUGUGGCUCUCUGAACCAAAGAGACCCGACAGUCAUGGACUCAUAGAUGGGUGACACUGCUACUUUUCUAACCCUGGUUUGUUUGUGUGUGCUGCCUCAAUUCCGUGGUAUGCUUUGAUGUUUUGCGCUUCAUGACAUUUUCGGAACUUGCGAAGACUCGGUUUCUGUUGCCUUUUUUUGUAUGAUAAUAUAAUAACUUUAUUUAUAGAGCGCCUUUUAAAAACAGCAUUUAAAACGAGCGCUUUGACAGACAGAGUAAAAGCAGCGAGGCAAUGUAACAAGAGAAAUGCUCAACAGUCAAGCCAGAACUAAGAGACCCUAACACAAGACGGCAAAAACGAGAAAACACAAAUACAUACACACGUUUAUGCACACGUGUACACACACCAAUCAGCCACAGCAUCAAAACCACUGACAGACAAAGCAAAAAACAACAAAAAAAAAAAAAAAACGCCGUCAUCGUCGUUGACAUACAUCUCUGACCUGUGUUUUGUGAUUGUAUGUCUCCAUGCUUUGCUGGGUGACUGUCACGACAGGAUUACUGGAACAGUGAAGGAAUGUCUGACCGAGGAGAUAAAUACAGUGCACACGGGCCUCUGCAUCACACGCCUAAAGAUCGUCCGGCAACAUGCCCUGGAGCAGCAGCAUACUCAUUUAUGGGUACCUCCCGAGCACACAGUACGUUACACAGAAUGCGAGCCGCCAGAUUGUACUUGUCAUGAUGCUCUUAUGUUACCACCUGUGGUUUCAGAUUGACUUUGCGUGUCCGUGCACCACGGGCAGUAGCGCCCUUCACUGCUACUGUUACAUGGUGUUGCCAUCGCUCAUCAUAGUCAGCAUCAUCAUGUGGAACGACCAGCGGAUCGGUCGGCUCUUCAGAUACUUCUGCUACCACUCAUCAGCUAAAAAGCAACCGUGCAGCUGCCAUGGGAAAUUCGGCUGCGAGUUCAUCAUAUACUUGCUUCAGGCGGCGGCGUCUGGACUACUAUGGUGUGGGUCAGUGCUUGUCGAUGGAGACUGGUACGUGUGCUGCGGAAGCUCCAAAGAGUUUGCGACUUUAUCCUGUCUGGGGAAGAGUGAGAUUGGUCCAGCCGAGAUGGCGAGAAAAAUUCACCUGAAAAACCGGUCGAUGGUUAUAGGGUUAGCCUGCAUCCUGCUGACCAUCGCCUGCUCGUUCGUUUUCGCCCUGCCAUGGAACAGGUGGUGCACGAGGAGGAAUCACUUCCGGGCGAUGUUCGAAGAGACUAUACUGGAGCAGACAGAGAUCGUUUUGCUGGCGGAGAUGCGUAAAGCCGCUGCUGACGCUGUCACACAGUCGCUUGCAAAGGUGUCCACGACUGAAAGCAUGGACAAUAAAAAAACUGAGGAGAAGGACAACAUGCUUUUGACCUGCAGUCUCAAGGAGAAGCAAGGAUCUCAGCACAAUGAACUCAUUGUAAAAACUCUAUUUAAUUUGCAUUUUGAUAUUUUCAUUUCACCCUACAUCAUGUGCACUGGAGCGCACAGUCGCCAUUCACAACAGUUUGACCCUCAGCGCAUCAACACACUGUGA